AUGAGGGAGUACCUGGGACUGGGUUAUAACAUUAAGGAAAGCAUGCCACUUGGAAACGAAGAAGAUAUAAUAAUUGACCCAGGAUACAAGGAACCGGUAAUAUCAUUUGAAUAUGAACAUGGGUUUGAUAUUUAUAGUACACAUGGAAAGCAUUUGCCCUUUGGUGUUUGGACGAGAAAUGAAUCAUUGUGCUAUAAAACGGUUCUGUUGUCCAAAGGAAGUAAGGGUAAAUCCAUGAUAAGUGUACUAAGUGAGGACAUACAAUUGAGUAUAGUCGGUAUGGAUGUAUACAGUGGUAAAAAAUUAAGUACAAAUUUAUCCAAUACAUUCAAAGACGAUCAAAUGAAUGUGUUUAAAUUAAACUGUUCAAUAUAUACAACGGGGAUGAUACUUUCAAAUCAAUGGAAACUAAAAGGAUCAAUUAUAAUACUAUUGAAUAAGAUUAACAAUUACAUAAACAGUAAUGUUAACCCCGAAAACGAUGAUCAAAAGGUUAAAAAUGCUUGGUAUCAAUUAUUUAACCAAUAUGGGACACAUAUCAUGACUAAAAUAACACUAGGAGGUAAAAUUGUUGAAAUGAACAAUAACAAAGAAGAGUCAAGUGAGUCUAAGGCAGAAAAAGAAAAUAAAAUGAAGCUAAACCUGGAAGUAUUUAAAUUAAGUACUGACGUUGAGAGCAAUAAGAGUAACGAGGAGUUAAAUAAAAAUAAAUACGAAAAGAUAAUAAUCAUUGGAGGAAACGUAGUGUCAAACGAUUUGGAUGACCAGUCCACAGAUGUGAAUAAAGAAAAGUGGAUAAAAACCAUUAAGUAUAACCCAGUGCCCAUUCAAUUUGAGCUCUCCCCUCUCAGCUAUUUUAUACACCAAAAUUAUCAAAAUGAUAACUUAAUGAAGGCAUUGUUUAAUAAAUAUAAUAAUAGCGAGAUUCACAGCAUAAAUAAUAUAGAGUUUCUGGGCUGUGGAUACAGUUUCGACCACUUGAAACAGAAUAUAAACAAUUUUAAGAGUCCAAUAAUACAAAAUUAUGAAAGCGCUGUGGAUGUUCAAGAUCAGUUCAUAUGUGAUAUAUCUACCGAACAACUCAAUAUCGAAAAUGAACAAGAGGUGGUGAAAAAGAUAUACACACAUAAUCAAAAUUCAAGCUCAAACGCUUAUAGUAGUUAUAACAAUGAAGAGUUUAUAAACGAUGACAUUAAGGAUGUUUUCAGUAAACACAAAAACCUGAUGAUUAAGAAAUACAAAUGCAUAGUUUAUAAAUCUACUUUGGUAUCUAAAAAUCUUUUUGAAAGCCAUGGUGAUGCGGAAAAUGUCAUAUUCUUAAGAACAUUGAAUGGCUUAUAUAACAAUUGUAAACAUAACUUCGAUGCCAGUAAUUGUGACGUUGCAACUUAUAAAAAGAACUCGUUGGAUCCAAACUGCAUUAAAUGUGUAAUGCCAUGGGUUCAGUUCUUUAAAGAUUAUGGACUUUAUGUCACAAAUCAAAUCACUAUGGGAGGAAUAAUAAACAAGUUUUAUGAUGUGAACAAGUAUAAUGGUAGUUCUGAAAAAAAGUAUAACAGAAAAAAUAUAAAUGAAUCUAGUACAUUCUUUAAACUUGUAAGCCACAGAAGCGAAGAGAACGAUAGUAGUUCAUCAGAUGAAACAAAUAAGGAACACCUGGAAGAAGUGUACACUUUAACGGUCGGGCCUGAACCCUCUGGAAACAAACUGACCUCGAAGGUGAUUUCAGAAUGGCUACAGGACGUAAUUCGAAAUCCCACUCCAAUAGAUUUUGAACUGAUACCAAUAAAGGAAAUCAUUCCAAAAGAAUACUUGCAAAUUUAUAGUGAUGCUUCAGACUAUUACUUGAAGCUAAGGGAUGGUGACGUUCUAGUCAGUCAAAUGGAUGGAACCAACAAUAUAAUGAUCAACAUAUUGAAGAAGUCAAAAAAUGCAGUAAAGAUUCUGACUGAGAAUGAGAAACAUGUAAAGGUGUGCGGUGGAGAGGAAAAGGCCAUGCUUGGUUUUUGUAUGUCGCUUAACUCAAACGGUGAAUUGAGGCAACUGCAACUGCUAAAUAACAAAUUAAAUCAGUGUUUGUUCACAGAGAAUACAUCGAGUGUUUUGAUGUGGUCGUUGUGUACGAUAAAUCAGCUACAAGAUUCGAAGCAGAUGAUAUACAGACCUAAAAAUACUGAUAAAGAAAAUAAAAAACUAAGAUGUCCAGCUAACAUGGCAAUAUUGUAUGGGUUUAUAGUAAAUGUAAAAAACCCUACAUACAUUAAACUUUGUAAAUCGGGAGAAAGAUCAUGCUCCGACGAUGAUAUUAAUAUAAAUGGUUUUAUAUGGCUGUUUUGUAUUCCGAAAAAUAUUAUCAAUAUAAACUUUAUCAAAUCGAUAUUGAAAACGGGAGUCGAUAAAGUAGAAAAUGGAUGUCCAGAUAAAUAUAAGUUGAUACACGGCAUCAAGUUUAUGUUCCACCAAAAUAACGACAACCCAAAAGAUAACCUUGUCAUGGAGCCUUGUAGUCCUUUCGUCGAUAAUUGCAACAUUAAUUGCAAAGAUUGCAAAUAUGUUGCAAAACAGUUGGUAAAAAUGCUAUUUCUUCUGUACUUAUUAAUAUUUAAUGUUCUUUGUUCCAUUCAAUUGGACAAAACCUCUAAACACGAUAUUAUUAAGAAGAUCAAUAAAGUAAAAAAAAUUCCAUCACUGGAAUAUUUGGGUUGUGGCUAUGACAUUCUUUUUGGUAACCCUCUCACCGACUCACAGCUACUGGUGGACCCAGGAUUCAGGGAUCCCAUAGUCUCAUACUCUGUAAUGUUUAAGAAAAAUAAAUUGUUUCAAAAAGUAUCUGCUUCUAACAUAACGAAUGCGUGGAUUAGGCCGCUGAUUGAGUGUAAAAGAUCCAACGAGAGAACGGUAGUCGAUAAUUUAGAAAACUAUAAAAGUUUGAUAUCUGUGGAUAGUGAUAUCAGUGCAUCAACAAUUGAUGAAAGCGCCAAAUUUUCAUUGUCAACGAAUUAUUCUGAGAUCAGUGACUUAUUAAAAAGUAAUAAAAGCAAACUAUAUGUGGAUAAGUCCUACUGUUUCUUGCUGGAAGCAGGAAUACCGCUGAAUCACUCACUGAAACUUAAAAACUCGUUUAUAGCAGCUGCCAGGAAGCUAAAGACCAACUUUAACAAAUACACUGAAAACUGUAGUGUUUUGAAAUACACAGUCGACAAAAACAGCGACGAAUGUAAAGAAGUAAAGGCCUGGAUGGAUAUGUUUGAACAAUUUGGCACUCAUUUCUCAUAUGAUAUUAAAUUAGGGGGAAGAAUCACUUAUAUUACACAAGAAGAAACCUCAAAGGAUAACAAAAACAACGAAAAGCAGGCGGGAGUUGGAAUAAGCGGGAAAGAAAAACGAAGUAACAUAUCAGGGGAGGCAAAUGUCGAUUUUGUUUUUGGCAAAAAAAGCAACCAAAGUAAAAACUUAUCGUUCAAACACACUAACAUCCUCGGAGGAUUACCAAUUGGAGAUAUAAACAAAGACUUAGAAUAUGUGAAGUGGAUAAAAAGUGUGUACAAAUAUCCAAUGCCAAUAAGGUCUCAAUUUGCACCAAUAUCUAAACUGUUCAAAACAAAAGCACUAAAAGAGGCCUAUAACGAAGCAUACGGAUUUUAUCUAGGAACAAAGGGAAUAAACACCAAAAAUUAA